GAACAUGACGCACUUGAUACCGCAGUUCACAUCCUGCCAAAGAUAAGAUAGUUCGGCUCAUGUAGUCUUCGUGGAGUGUAGAGACAACAAGACUGGAACUUGAAUUUUAAUUAGUGUUCAGCACAUAUGUGAUCGUGAAAAAGCGGAAUUUGAAAUUUAUUAUUGACGCCACUACCAAAGAGCAAAAAUAAGAACAAACGAGAGAUGAAAGCGAGAACACGCUUAAAGUUUAAGACGAAAUAAAACCUUCCAAGUUCUCUCGAGCGACGCCUUGACUCCCCAAGAUGGCCGACCUCCCGCCCCCGCCGCCGCCUCCGCCAGAAGACUACGACCUCGACAUCCUGCCUCCUCCUCCUCCGCCUCCCGUCGACUAUGACAUGUCCGCCCUCCCGCCGCCUCCGCCGCCCCCUCAGGACGACUUCCAGGCGCCUCUUCCUCCUCCGGACGACUUCCAGGCGCCUCUUCCCCCUCCGGACGACUUCCAGGCGCCCGUUCCUCCUCCGGACUACGACCUGGACAGUGAACCACCUCCGCCGCCCCCGCAGGUCCUCAGCGAGAGCGCGGGCGGCGGCGACCCCAGGGCUUCGCUCACGGACAUGGGGCAGCGGGCCAGGUCACGCGAGUCCGACACGGCGAGCCUCUCCAGCCGCAGGUCCACGUGGUCCUCGACGAGCCAACACAAGGGCCCGCGACGCCCUCCCUCGCGGCAAAGCCUGGCCAGCACUCCUCCCGCCGGCGAGCGCAGAGGGCCUGGCGGCGUCGUCCUGCAGCGCCAGGUGUCCUCGGCUUCGAUGGCAGCCUACACGCAGCCGUUCAUGCUGUCGGAGGAAGCCCAGGGCGCGUCCUCCCUCUACGGCACCAUGAGCAAGGCGGCGAGGAAGGCAGCCAAGACGCAGCGGCAGCCCUAUCAGAAUGCUGAGACGUACGGUACAAUCCGGCGCGGGAACGCUGGUAUGAACCGGUACGACUUGCAUGAUCACAAAAGUGGCUCCAGUUCAAGCAGGGACGUGAGGAAUCUCCAGUGGGACGAACUAGGAAGAUUAUCCAGGAACAGCCUCCACUCGGUCUCCAACGGCUCUCAGAUGACCUUGUCCGGAAGUGACCUCGCGCCGAUCCCCCAGGAGGAGGCGGGUCAGCAGGACUUCCUCACAAGACUCAAGCCGGUGCCCAGACUUGUGAGCGAGGAAGGCGUCGGGAUGGCUGGUGAGCGUGUGACCAUCACUGAUGCCCUCAGCAAUGUUGACGUCCUUGAUGACUUGCCGCUGCCAGACCAGCAGCCAGUCAUCGAGGCACAGGCAUGCUCGGUGGUCUACACGGCCAACUUCGACACCAACUUUGAAGACCGCAUGGCCUAUGUGACAGGGGUGGCGAAGUACAUGGAGGAAGCAGCUACCCAUGCAGAAUUGAAUAAAUUAUUAGAAGAGGGUGAAAAUCAUGCGGUUAUGCUAUACACUUGGCGGUGCUGUUCUCGUGCCAUCCCCCAACCAAAGUCAAAUGAGCAGCCAAAUCGUGUGGAAAUUUACGAGAAAACGGUGAAGGUUCUGUCAGAUGAAGUAAAGAAGUUGACAAAGUUCAUGAAUUUCCAGAGGAAAGCCAUUGAUGUAUUCUGCAACCAAAUCAAGCGACUCUGUCACCAAGAGAAGCGAAAGGACUUUGUGUCUGAAGCCUAUCUCCUCACGCUUGGCAAAUUCAUCAACAUGUUUGCUGUCCUCGACGAAUUGAAGAACAUGAAGUCGAGUGUGAAGAAUGACUACUCAACGUACAGAAGAGCCGCGCAGUUCCUCAAGGUGAUGAGUGAUACCCAGUCUCUACAGGAGUCACAGAAUCUGUCUAUGUUCCUGGCCACACAGAACAAGAUCAGGGAUACCCUCAAAGAGAAGCUAACAGCAAUUCCAUCAUAUGAGGACCUCCUUUGCGAUGUCGUCAACAUCUCAGUGCACAUGUUUGAGAACCGCAUGUACUUGACGCCCAAAGAAAAGCAGAUGCUGGUCAAGGUGAUGGGAUUUGGUCUCUUCCUCAUCGACUCAGACAUUUGUAACAUCAAUAAACUCGACCAGAAGAAGAAGAUUAAGUUGGACAAGAUUGAUAAAAUCUUUAAGAACCUAGAGGUUGUUCCACUGUUUGGUGACAUGCAGAUUGCACCUUUCAAUUAUAUAAAGAGGAGCAAGAACUUUGAUGCCAAAAUGUGGCCUCUAUGCAGUGCAUCAACCACAAGCCCACAGGCAGACCUGAUGUGUCAUUUACCACGCAUUAGGGAUGAACACAUCAAAUAUAUCUCGGAGUUAGCAAGAUACAGCAAUGAGGUCAUCACAACAUAUAAGGAAACAGCACGCACAGAUGCAGAGAAUAAAGACAUAGCAGACCUCGCCCUCCGCGGCCUCCAGCUCCUCAGUGAAUGGACAAGCGUUGUCACAGAGCUUUAUUCAUGGAAACUACUGCAUCCUACUGACCAUCACUCCAAUAACCAGUGCCCAGCUGAUGCAGAAGAAUAUGAAAGGGCCACACGAUACAACUACACUGAUGAAGAAAAGUUUGCCCUUAUCGAAGUCAUUGCGAUGAUUAAAGGCCUGCAAGUCUUAAUGGCCCGCAUGGAGACUGUAUUCCUUGACUCAAUACGGCGCAACAUCUACCAAGAGAUGCAAGAUUUCGUGCAGCUCACCCUAAGGGACCCCCUGCGUAAGGCCAUCAAGAACAAGAAGGAACUCUUGAGGACGAUCUUGGUGUCGGUGCGUGAGACAAGUGCUGACUGGGUGAAGGGAAUGGAACCCCCAGAUGACCCCGCCCUCAAGGGCAAGAAGGACCCGGACAACGGCUUUGAGAUCAAGGUGCUAAGAAGGAAUGUUGGCCCUUCCUCAACACAGUUAUACAUGGUGCGCACCAUGCUGGAAUCUCUGAUUUCGGAUAAAUCAGGAGGCAAGAAAACCCUGCGCAAGGAACUGGACGGCCAGCACCUCUGCCAGAUUGAUGAAUUCCACAAGACCUCCUUUUUCUGGACAUACUUGUUGAACUUUAGCGAAACACUCCAGUUUUGCUGUGACCUUUCUCAGUUAUGGUACAGGGAGUUCUACUUGGAGAUGACAAUGGGUCGCAGGAUACAGAAGUGCACUGUGGAGCACCAUCACAAUGAGGAAUGCAAAGAUCUGGUGGUGAUGGACAAGCGCAUUCAGUUCCCCAUUGAGAUGUCCAUGCCCUGGAUCCUAACAGACCACAUCCUGCGCACCAAAGAUGCGUCAAUGAUGGAAUGUGUCCUCUACCCUCUUGACCUGUACAACGACAGCGCCUACUAUGCUCUCACACAGUUCCGCAAGCAGUUUCUCUAUGAUGAAAUUGAAGCAGAGGUUAACCUCUGCUUUGACCAGUUUGUCUUCAAGUUAUCGGAACAGAUCUUUGCCUACUAUAAACAUCUAGCUGGCAGCAUUCUACUUGACAAGAGAUUCAGGAGUGAGUGCAGCCUUCACAACAUGAGAAUCCAUUACCCACCAGCAAAUAGGUAUGACACCUUGCUGAAGCAGCGUCAUGUGCAACUUCUUGGCCGCAGUAUUGACCUCAAUAAGCUCAUCUGUCAGCGUAUCAAUUCAUCCAUGCACAAGUCCCUUGAAGUGGCCAUUGCUCGGUUUGAAGGGGCAGAUAUCACAUCUGUAGUGGAACUGGAAGGACUCAUUGAGGUAAACAAACUCACACACAAACUUUUGAGUCAACUGCUCGUACUGGACGACUUCGACGCACAACUGAGGGAGGCGAACCACAAUGUCCUUGCUCCCUAUGGCAGAACAACACUCCAUGUUUUCUGGGAACUCAACUAUGACUUCUUACCCAACUACUGCUACAACGCAGCCACUAAUCGGUUUGUCAAGGCACCUGUAACUACAUUUGCACAGCCGGUACAGAGAGACAAGCCUCCAAAUGUGGCACCAUAUAUGGUCUGGGGUAGCAAGGCUCUUAAUGUAGCUUUCAACACAAUUUACUCACAGUAUUCAGGCUUCCUUGGUCCCCCGCAUCUACGGUCCAUCGUCCGAGUGUUAGGGUAUCAGGGUAUUGCAGUGGUGAUGCAAGAGCUCCUCGAGAUCAUCCACUCACUCAUCCAGGGCAACAUCCACCAAUUCACGAAGACAUUGCUGCAGGCUAUGCCCAAGCAGUGCAAGCUUCCCAGAUAUGAUUAUGGAUCCCCGGGUGUACUGGGCUAUUACCAUGCCCAGUUGAAUGAUAUUGUGCAGUAUCCUGAUGCCCGCACAGACCUCUUCCAUCACUUCCGAGAAUUGGGCAAUGCCCUUCUAUUCUGCCUGUUGGUAGAGCAAUCACUCACACAAGAAGAAGUUUGUGACUUGCUGCAAGCUGCACCGUUCCAGAAUAUCUUGCCGCGCCCCUACUGUAAAGAGGGUGAGAAGCCAGAGACAAAACAGAAGCGUUUAGAGGCAAAAUAUGCUCCUUUGCAGAUUGUCUCCAACAUUGAAAGGCUUGGAACAGCAAAGCAAGCCAUGAUUGCACGAGAAGGUGACUUAUUGACAAGAGAGCGCCUUUGCUGUGGCCUGUCAAUCUUUGAGGUUAUUUUGACACGAAUACAGACCUUCUUGGAAGACCCCAUCUGGCAUGGUUCCCCACCUGCAAAUGGUGUAAUGAACGUAGAUGAAUGCACUGAGUUCCACCGGCUGUGGUCUGCACUUCAGUUUGUCAUGUGCAUACCAGUAGGAGCUAAUAACUUCACUGUUGAACAACUCUUCGGUGAGGGGCUCAACUGGGCUGGCUGCUGUAUGAUUGUCCUUCUGGGCCAGCAGCGGAGGUUCGAGGCGCUUGACUUCUGUUACCAUGUCCUUCGGGUGCAAAAGGUGGACGGAAAGGACGAGGCCGUUAAAGGAAUUCAAUUGAAGAGGAUGUGUGAUCGCAUCCGACGGUUCCAGGUGCUGAACUCUCAAAUCUUUGCUGUUCUGAACAAAUACCUGAAGACAAGUGACCCUGACAACCUCCCAGUAGAACACGUGCGAUGCUUCCAGCCACCUAUCCACCAGAGCCUGGCUAACCAGACAUACCAGCGACCAGACCACCUGCGCUAGGGCCACAUUGACAUCCAGGAAACUUGUAAUCAGAAUCGGUUCUGCAAGGGAGAGUAGGGGCAUCAUACAGUAUUGUUCUGCUGUGAGGAUAGACUUCUUAUGAGGCUUUGCUGGAAGAUUUAUGAGAGUGGAUGCUUGUCCUUACCUCCACCCAAAAAAGAGAAAAAAAGUACUCUACUUUUCCUCUAGAGAUACACACUUUUGUAUAUAUUAUUUUAAAGAUUUUUGGCUUUUUCAGAACUGUUGGAAAUUGUCUGAUUGAGUGAGGAAGGGAAAGUUUGAUGAGAAGACAUUUCUUUGUCUUAAUGUGCAAACCACCGAGAGAAAGGGGUAAUUGUUGUGCUGUGUUGAACAUUCAUAUAUGGCCAAUAUGUACUGUUUAAUUUGGAAGACAAUAAGGUACAAUGGUUUGUAAAUAAGAAGUAUAUGCAAAACUAUUCUUGAAAAUUUAGUUCAAAUCUGUAUCUCUAGUCAGGAGACACUGUUAGUUCCUCUAUUGAUUGUGUAACCUCACCCUUUACCCCUUUUCAUUUUGCAAUAAUUAGGUUAAUCUGGACUUCAUAAGCUAAUUUUAUGCUAUGUAGUAAAGCAGAUAUUUUGCCAAUUUUUUUCAUUUGGAUAAUGUUUCUUUUCACAGGGAUGAGCCUGAGUAGUUCAGUUCCAUGUUAAGUUACCUUUGGCUUUGCAUUACAAACUAGUUUAGUUUCUUUCAUAUCAUAUACACAUUAUUUUAAAUCCCAAGCUGGAAUCAUUUUCAAGUGAAAAAAAGGCAGAAGGGAGAAAAAAACUGUAUUAAUCAUCUGUUAGAAUAGGCCCACAGUUACCAUGCAUUUAGUCCCAGUUACAUAAAAUAUCUGCUUAUAAGCCAUGUAGAUAAUUUCAUUCAGAGCUAGUAAAAAUCUCUUGAAGUUGAUUUUUUUUUUAUUUUCCCAUUUUUCCUUUUUUUUGUAAUUCACAAUUAUUAAAUAUAUCAAAAUCUAGCUACUACAUGUAAACUCAUUAUUUCCAUUCAAGGAUGGUAGAUUGGAAAUGAUAUGUACAUUUUUAAUGUGGUGUGUUCAACAUAGGGAAUCUCAGUUGUACUUUACAAAUGAUAUUUUUUCUGUCCAAGUGGAAAUGAUGAACAUUUUCCUGCAAAUUAUCAGGUAGGGACGGAGUCUGACACAUUCUUUUCUGACGAUGAAAGGCAAUGUCUUAGCCCCUCAAGGCAGAAUACUGGUGAAUCUGUCUGCUCCCACAGACAGGAUCUAUACCAAAUUCUACUACUAAGACUAUGCUCCCCAGUUCCCCUCGUAUUCACCCAAUCCUUCAGCCAGUUUGUUGAAAUUAUACAAGGCAUGAUGCAAUGAAUAUUCAAAUAUACAGAUAUGUAUAUAAACAGAUAUAAAUGUUUAUCUGCCUAUCUAUUUGAUAGAUAUACAUUUAUCUAUCUACCUAUAUGGUAGAUAUUCAUGUCUAGACUGAUAGAUGUGUAUUUAUUUCUGUUUAUAUGCACGUCCGUAUUAUGAAUAUUCUUUGAGUCAGGCCUCACACAGUUUUAACAACCGACCAUUUGUCAAGGCCAGUCUUAUCCCCAACUACCAGAACCAUAAGGCUGUUUCAUACUCCACUUGAUUUUAGUUUGAUUAACUUUUUUAUCAAACAUGCCCUUAAAACGAAAGCAUGGUCACCGAUUUCCCCUUGGCCGGAGGAGUUAAUUGGUAUGAAAUUCUUUAUGGAUGAAUUUGCAUGACUUGUAUAUUCAUUUAUUAAUAGCUAUAUAUGUCUUAUAUAUAGAUAAUUAUUCCUAAGUUUAUGUAGGUUUUUACAUUUUGAUGUGGAUGUCUCUGAAGUAGGAGACCUUUUUCCCUGGAACUUUUUGUUGUUUGUAGAUAUUGCUUUAGGGUCUUGCAUGGUUUCUUGUUAUCUAUAACUUACAUAUUAAAGGGAAUUUAUGUAAUGACUUUCCUUGUGAUAAAAGGACAAAAAGAAAACUUGACUGAAGUAGCUUGGGCAUAUUAUUAGUCAGAUAUCAGAAUAUUAUUGCUGGAAGUUUUCUGGUGUGUAAGUAAUGAUUGUAGAUAUGGCCAUAUAUGGGGUUCAGCUUAUGAUUACCAUGUAUUUUUGUAUAAGGUAAAAUGUAUAGAAAUGAGACAAAACAAAACACACUGCGCACACUUCAAACACAAACAUAAAAUUUUCUGUGCUUGUCAAAUGAGAAUGGAUAAGUGCUGUACAAAAAAUAAGAAAUUAACAAGGUAAGGUUUUUAAGUUAAUCAGUGGCAAAAGGUGGAAUAGGAAUGUAUAUAGAAUGGAGUUACUUUAGGCUUUGCUGUGUAUAUUGUAUAAGAAACAGUAUUGAACUCGCUGGCCUUUUGAGCACAACUUUUCCCAGUAAGACCCUCAUGCAUAAUGCUAUAGUCAUUACCAGUAAUUCUAAUAUUAUUAAUGUCCUGGAUGUAAGGGUAAGUCCUUAUUUUUACUACCUAUGUACUUUGCUCUUUGCACAGUACAAAGUAUUACCAAGUAGCUAUUAGUGACACCCAAUCUUGAGUGCCUGAAAUGUAGGUAUUGAGGCUAUGAAAGGUGAAGAUAAUUUUUUUUCAUUGCUAGGAAAAGGAAGCUUCAAAAAAAAAAACUUUUCGUAUAACAUUAAUAUUUUUGAAAGUUACUGAUUUGUGUUGCACUCUAUGAGGUUUAUUCAGAAUUUAUAUUUAAUAGUUUCUUUAUGUGUAUGAAUUCAUACACAUACUAAUUAAAGACCUUAUUUUAUAUAUUUUAUCUUUUUUACUCGUCUUGUAUAUAUGAAAACCAUUUAUUGCAUUCUGUUGUUUAUCAUGUGUUCAGAGAAAGGCAAGAUUAUAGGUUGAAGUUUGAAGAAUAUCUUAAGGAGAGCUCUGUGGAAACAGUUAUUGGAGAGGUGCAGUUUCAAUAACAUAUCACACUAAGGAAACAAGACAUUGGUACUCAGAGUUAACAGUAAUAUUUUGAAUUUUGUCAAAAGCUUAAUGGGUGCAGGUGAAUUUUUGAUGUGCCCCCUCGCACGGGAUUUGGCUAAAGAGGAGUUAAAAGAGAAUCAAACAGAUUAAGCGCUAGAGGCUUUGUCAGUGCUUCUAUUACUGACUUGUCUGUUGGUAUUUUGCUUUAAAUCAUAGUAGAAAUGUCUAGCAAUCCUAAAUAUUAGCAGUAUUUCAUGAUAAUUUGAUGCAGUGGAUCAUACAGUAGAUAUAAAGUUGCUUAACUUGGAUUUACAAAUUCACUUAGAUUAUCUCCUGUUGUGCUCAGAAUAAUAGUUGUUUACUGGGAUUUAGUGAAAUUAAAUAGCCUUUUAAAAAUAUUUCAGAAUUACAAAUGACUGAUACAACUUUAUGAUAAUAAUGUUCAUGUCUUUUAGGAGGAUUAGUAAGGCAUGUGAAGCUGAGCAUUGUCUUUAUUGCAUGUUUGCACAAGAGGGAUGUUUUUCUCCUCAAUUAAAAUACCAGCUGGAGAAUACCUGUACAAUACCAGUUUUAUAUCAAUAAAAAUCAUACAAAUUAA